UAGAAUGGGAAGAUACUUGUGUAAAAACUAAUUACAGUAUUUUUCUAAAUUUUGAAAAAUCGAUAUACCAUUCGAUAUAUAUCGAUAAUUUUAUUUAAGUUUUCUGUCAAGCAGCUUACUUCAUAGAUCGUUGAUUUGACCACAGUACGAGUAGUUUAUGUAGUUUUUUAUUUAUUUCGAGUGUCCAAUUACGACAACAACUUGAAAGUUCUUAAAAAUGGCUUCUGCGUGUUUGGUUAUCACUCGAGGAAUUUCAACGACGUGUGCUCGCUAUGGAAAACGUAAUUUUCGAAAAUUUAUGUUGCAUGGUAAACGAGGAUCCAGGUUCCACAAAGAAAGAGAGGCGGGUCCAGAUCGUCAGCUUCCAGUCGACAAACGAGGCGUCAGGGACAUUGGAUACAUGGAAGGAAAUUUAUAUAAUGUUGUACCCGAAAUGAUACCGGAAAUCAUUGUUCCCUCUCUGGAAGGCUUCAAAUUAAAACCGUACGUCACGUAUCAAUCUGAAAAUGUGACCCAGGAGGAGUUUACUCCUGAAGACUUGUUUAAUGCAGUUUAUGCCACAAAAAUCGCAGAUGACUUCGAAAAAGGCCAAUUGACUUCCGAUGGUCAAGCGCUAAAUCCCAGCGAGAACGAAAAACUUACACCGGACGAAGCCAAACUUCGAGCGGCUAAAACUGGCGCGGACAUGUUUGACGCCGAUAAAGAAGAAAUUAUUCGGGCUUACAAAAAAAUGAUAGAGGACAGUAAACUCAAGGCAAAAGAAAACUUGAAAACUCGAAUACAGUACUAAAAUUAGUUUAGUAAUGAACAAUUACAGUGAAAUAAGCAAUAAAAGGGGCGACUGUCUUCGUUCAAAUAAACAAAAUAGUAUGAAAUGGAGUAA